AUGUCUCGUAUCAUUGUUAAAAACGUCCCAACGUUUAUUGAUGAUAAGAAAUUGAAGGAGCACUUCAAUAAAAGAUUAAUUGAAAAGUACGAAAAUUCACAAAAUAUAGAUAAUUUGAUUACAGAUGUCAAAAUUUUAAGAGAUAAAGAUGGUAAUAGUAGGAAAUUCGCCUUUAUUGGUUACAGGAAUGAAAGUGACGCAUUAGAUGCAAUUCGUUACUAUGAUGGAUCUUUUAUUUAUACCGCAAAAAUCAGUGUUUCUGAAGCGAAAAGUUUUGCUGAUCCAAAUGUACCAAGAUCAAUGAAAGAGAAGAAAAGAGAAGCAUUAAAGAGAUUAAGAGAAAGAGAAGAAAAAUUGUUAACAGAGAAGAAUGCCAAGAAGCAGAAAAAACAAGAAAGACGAAAUUCUAUAGACAAUGAAAUAGAAAAAAAUAAACAGUUACAAGAGUUCAUUGAAACUAUGAAGCCAAGUGCGAAAGUGGCUUCUUGGGAAGCUACCUCCACAAAUGCGGUAACUGAGCAGGAAGGUGAAGAAGUAAAUCCAUUAUUAGCGCAUGCUUUAGCCAUGAAAAGUGAUGACGAAAACGAGAAUGAUAUUGCUUCUGGCGACAACAGUGACGAUGAAUAUGUGGAUCUUAAUAGAAAUCAGAAUAAUGAAGAUAAUGUACAAGAAAAUGGAGAGCAAAUGAUGAGUUUAAGUGAUUUAAAUGACGGAGAGAGCAAUGCUCUAGCCAAAGACGAUGCCGUCUCUGAUUUAGAUUGGUUAAAACAGCGUCGUGUUAGAAUUAGAGAUGGUGAAGAUAAAGCAGUAAAAAAAAAUAAAACCGAAACUAAUGAAGAAAAAUCAAUUGUAGAAGAGGGUUCUCAAGAAAUAGAGGAAACAAGAUCACAAGAAGAAUUAAAUUUGGAAAAAAUCCAAGAGACAGGCAGACUAUUUCUUCGUAAUAUUCUUUACACAUCUACAGAGGACGAUUUCAAGGCGCUCUUCGGUAAAUUUGGUGAACUUGAAGAGAUCCAUGUCGCUUUAGAUACAAGAACUGGUCAAUCAAAAGGAUUUGCAUAUGUUCUAUUCAAAAAUCCUCAAGAUGCAGUCCAAGCUUAUAUCGAAUUAGAUAAACAAAUUUUCCAAGGACGGUUAUUGCAUAUAUUGCCUGCUGAGUCAAAGAAAGACCAUCGUUUAGAUGAUUUCGACUUGAAAAAUAUGCCAUUGAAGAAGCAGAGAGAAUUAAAAAGAAAAGCCAAUGCCUCAAAAAGUACUUUCUCAUGGAACGCAUUGUACAUGAAUCAGGAUGCAGUGUUAAGCAGUGUUGCUGCAAAGUUGGGUAUGGAAAAAUCAGACCUGAUUGAUGCUGAAAGUUCAGGUGCUGCCGUAAAGCAAGCUUUGGCUGAAGCACAUGUUAUUAAUGAUGUUAGAAAGUUUUUCGAAGAAAAAGGUGUUAACCUAUUGAAAUUUCAAGAUUUAAAGAGACCAGACCAGAGAGAUGACAGAGUUAUUCUUGUAAAAAAUUUUCCAUAUGGUACAACAACAGAAGAAAUUGGUGAACUAUUUUUACCUUUUGGUAAGAUUGAAAGGCUAGUAAUGCCACCAGCAGGUACUAUUGCUAUAGUACAAUACAGAGAUAUUACAUCUGCUAGGGCAGCAUUUACUAAACUGGCAUUCAAAAGAUUCAAAGAUGGUAUUAUCUAUCUAGAAAAGGGCCCCAAAGAUUGUUUCAACAAAGAUGCUGAAGUCGAUGCUAGUAUAAACAAAGCUGAUGCGGAAGCUAAGGAAGCAAAAGUGGCUAAACCUUCGUCGCACGAUGUCAUGGAAGGAACAACAAACGAGGUAUCUAAUGAAUCACAAGACGACGUUAUCAAUGGUCCAACUGUUUCAGUAUUCAUCAAGAAUUUGAAUUUCUCUACAACAAGCGCACAAUUAAAUGACAAAUUCAGCCAAUUCAGUGGUUUUGUUAUUGCACAGGUCAAGACUAAGCCAGACUCAAAACAUCCCGGAAAGACAGUUUCCAUGGGUUUUGGAUUUGUCGAAUUCAGAACGAAGGAACAAGCUAAUGCAGUUAUUGCAGCUUUGGAUGGCACUGUAAUUGAUGGCCAUAAAAUUCAAUUGAAAUUAUCUCAUAGAACUACUGCAUCCAACACUACAACAACAAAGAAAAAAGGUGUCAAAUCUGGUAAAAUUAUUGUUAAGAACUUGCCAUUUGAAGCUACAAGAAAGGAUGUUUUUGAAUUAUUCAACUCAUUCGGUCAAUUAAAAUCUGUGAGAGUUCCCAAGAAAUUCGAUAAAUCAGCUAGAGGUUUUGCAUUUGUUGAAUUCUUGCUUCCAAAAGAAGCAGAAGCAGCAAUGGACCAAUUACAGGGUGUUCAUUUGCUAGGUCGUAGAUUAGUUAUGCAGUAUGCUCAGCAAGAUGCUGAGAAUGCAGAGGAAGAAAUUGCUAGGAUGACCAAAAAGGUAAAGAGACAAGCGGCCGCAAACGAACUCUCUGCUAUUAGACAAGCAAGUGGUAGAAAGAAGUUAGAAUUGGAGGAUGAGAACACUGAUGGAUUGAAUGGAUUCUAG